ACAAACAAUAAAUAAAGAUUCAAAACGCAGCUUGGCCGUUAAAGUUAAGAAAAAUUGCUGCUCAAUAAUUUAUAUAUAUAUAAAUAUUAUAUAAUUUCUUUCCUUAUUCAAUCGAUCUCUCUUUUUGUUUUUUACUCGUUUCUAACUUCGUUAAAAAAGUAAAAUAAGAAAACCGCGAAAGAUUUAUUGACGGGACUGCCGGCAGGCAAAAUGGAAGCACACGGCGCCGGGAUCCGGCGAGUGUUAGUUUUGGCCUUCUGCGUUGCCGGGAUCUGGUCGGCUUACAUUUACCAAGGCGUUCUGCAGGAAACUCUGUCAACUAAGCGAUUUGGUCCGGAUGGCAAGAGAUUUGAGCACUUAGCAUUCCUGAAUUUGGCACAAAAUGUUAUCUGCUUAAUUUGGUCUUAUAUAAUGAUAAAGAUUUGGUCCCGAAGCAGCUCUGGUGGUGGCGCCCCAUGGUGGACAUACUGGAGCGCUGGCAUUACAAAUACUAUUGGACCAGCCAUGGGGAUUGAAGCUUUAAAGUAUAUCAGUUACCCUGCUCAGGUCCUGGCAAAAUCUUCCAAGAUGAUUCCAGUCAUGCUGAUGGGCACUUUAGUUUAUGGCAUCAGAUACACUUUUCCGGAGUAUUUAUGUACUUUUCUUGUUGCCGGAGGAGUAUCAACUUUUGCACUAUUGAAGACUAGCUCAAAGACCAUCAGCAAGCUGGCACAUCCAAAUGCACCGCUUGGAUAUGGGCUUUGUUUUUUGAACCUUGCAUUUGAUGGAUUUACAAAUGCUACUCAGGAUUCACUUACUGCAAGGUAUCCGAAGACAAGCGCCUGGGAUAUAAUGUUGGGAAUGAAUCUAUGGGGUACCAUAUAUAAUAUGAUCUACAUGUUUGGCUGGCCACAGGCCAUUGGAUACGAAGCAGUUCAGUUCUGCAAACAGCAUCCUGAGGCAGCUUGGGACAUUUUUCUCUAUUGCCUAUGUGGUGCUGUAGGCCAGAAUUUCAUCUUUUUAACCAUUAGCCGAUUUGGGUCACUUGCUAACACCACCAUCACCACAACCCGCAAGUUUGUCAGUAUUGUGGUGUCUUCAGUCUUGAGUGGCAAUCCUCUGUCAACAAAACAAUGGGGUUGUGUAGUCGUGGUCUUCUCAGGGUUGUCGUACCAGAUAUAUCUUAAGUGGAAGAAGUUACAGAAACUGCAGAAGAAGAGAAAGGCUGCAUGAUUAGGGAUUGUAACAAUUUUGAACUCUAUAUUCAUCCUUCUCUCCGCAUUUUUUUCCCUUUUCUAAAUCUUGUUAUAUGGCCAUAGUAGCCAGAAGGUUCAGUGGCAUCAAAUGUAGACAACAGCUAGGAGUUGUUAAAUGUAAUUGAACUAGAUCCUGUAUUGAAAUAGCAAGUUACAAGUUCCGAGUA